AUGGGGCCGCGCUCUAGGCUGUUCCUCUGCUUUCUGCUCUGGGGAAGCACGGAGCUCUGCAGCCCCCAGCCCUUCUGGGAUGAUGAAACCGAGCGCUUCAGGCCAUCGAAGCCGCCCACCGUGAUGGUGGAGUGUCAGGAGGCCCAGCUGGUGGUCACGGUCGACAAAGACCUUUUCGGCACCGGGAAGCUCAUCCGGCCUGCGGACCUCACCCUGGGCCCCGACAACUGUGAGCCGCUGGCCUCCGCGGACACGGAUGGCGUGGUUAGGUUUGCGGUCGGGCUGCACGAGUGUGGCAACAUCUUGCAGGUGACCGACGAUGCCCUGGUGUACAGCACCUUCCUGCUCCACAGCCCCCGCCCUGCAGGAAACCUGUCCAUCCUGAGGACUAACCGCGUGGAGGUCCCAAUCGAGUGCCACUACCCCAGGCACGGCAAUGUGAGUAGCUGGGCCAUCCAGCCCACCUGGGUGCCAUUCAGGACCACGGUGUUCUCGGAGGAGAAGCUGGUUUUCUCUCUGCGCCUGAUGGAGGAGAACUGGAGCGCCGAGAAGAUGACACCCACCUUCCAGCUGGGAGAUAGAGCCCACCUCCAGGCCCAAGUCCACACCGGCAGCCACGUGCCCCUGCGACUGUUCGUGGACCACUGCGUGGCCACACUGACCCCGGACUGGAGCACCUCGCCUUACCACACCAUCGUGGACUUCCACGGCUGUCUCGUCGAUGGUCUCACUGAUGCCUCGUCUGCUUUCAAAGCACCUAGACCCAGACCAGAGAUCCUCCAGUUCACAGUGGAUGUGUUCCAUUUUGCUAAUGACUCCAGAAACAUGAUAUAUAUCACCUGUCACCUGAAGGUCACUCCAGUUGACCGAGUCCCGGACCAACUAAACAAAGCAUGUUCCUUCAGCAAGUCCUCCAACCGGUGGUCCCCGGUUGAGGGCCCCACUGACAUCUGUCGAUGCUGUAGCAAGGGGCGCUGUGGCAUUUCAGGCCGUUCCAUGAGGCUGUCCCACCGGGAGGGCCAGCCUGUUCCCCGAAGAAGUCGCAGGCAAGUGACGGAGGAAGCAGACGUCACAGUGGGGCCGUUGAUCUUCCUGGGGAAGAUGAAUGACCGUGGCGUGGAAGGGCCCACCUCCUCUCCCCCUCUGCUGAUGCUGGGCUUAGGCCUGGCUACUGUGAUGACCUUGACUCUGGCUGCUGUUGUCCUGGGUCUCACUGGGAGGCGUCGGGCUGCUUCUCACCCCAUGUGCCCUGUGUCUGCUUCCCAAUAA